GACGCGUCUCCAUGGCGGCGGCAAGCACCGGGCCGUACCGGCGGCAGCGCAGCCUGGCGCUGCGUUGCAGCAGCUCGGCCCUGUACAACAACCUGGCCGUGCUGUGCCCGCCCCGCGGCGCCGCCGCCGCCUUCGGGGCCGUGCACGGCUCCAGCCUCAGCCUGCUGCCCGGCGAGGGCCCGGCCCGGCAGCUGCAGGCGAGGGGAGGGGGCUCUGCCCUCAGCACCCCCCUGCUGACCCAGGCCGCGUGGUGCGAGCUCCCCUCACGGGUGCUGCUGGUGCUCACGUCCCAGCGCGGGGUGCAGAUGUACGAUGCUGAUGGCUCCACCAUGGUGUUCUGGCACGCCCUGGAUGUCCCGGAGCUCCCGGCAGCACAUUCCGUGUUUGCCCGAGGCAUCGCCGCUGCCGGCGGCCGCUUCAUCUGCGUGGGGACAUCCUUUGGGGCCGUGCUGGUGUUUGACAUCCCCCCAAAAGGGACCAACGUGACGCUGAGCGAGGUCCUGGAGCAGCACCGGGAUCCCAUCACCGACAUCGCGGCCGAGCAGGGCCAGGCCCCGGACGGGGCUGGGGACCUGGUGACAGCCGAUGACUGCGGGACGCUGUGCCUGUGGAGCAGCGGGGAGGAGUUCACGCUGCUGGGGAAGAUCCCGGGAUCCGGCUGCACGUGCUCCUCGGUGGCGCUGUGGAACGGGAUCGUGGCCGCGGGCUACGGGAACGGGCAGAUCCGGCUCUGGGAGGCGGGCUCGGGGCGGAUCCGCGCCCAGCUCAGCGCCCACGCCCGCUGGAUCUACGCGCUCGACCUGGCACCGCUCACCGGCAAGCUGCUCUCGGGUGCAGAGGAUUCCUUUGUCCACGUCUGGAAGCUCAGCAGGGACCCGGACACCGAUGACAUCGAGGUGCAGCACUGCCACGCCGAGUGUGUGACAGACACUCAGGUGUGUGGCGCCCGCUUUGACCCCGCCGGGGACACCUUCGCUGUCACCGGCUACGACCUGAGCGAGAUCCUCUGCUACGGCCCCGCCUGAGCCGGGGCUGCUGCCGGGAGAACGGGAACGCCGGGAAUGCCGGGACAAUCCACCGGGAACGCCGGGACGCUCCUCCGUGGGUGAGGGCUGAGCACGGACCCCCCCCUGCAGCUCCGGCCGGGAUCCCCCCUCCCCAAAACCCUCCCGAGGGCCGGGAGCGGCUCCAGCAGCCCCGAGGGGAUCCUCCCGUGGCUCGCACCGGCUCCGGGAUCCUCCCGUGGCCUCCCGCCCUUCCCGGAGGGUGGCGUGGCUGGGAACGGAGCCGGCUCGGACGGGAGGAUCCCGGGAAACCUGUGCUACCUGCUGCUCCUGCCCCGAGAGCCCAGCCCGGCGUCCCAGCGUGCAGCAUCUGCCGGGCACCGCUCCUGGGGAGGGGAAAAAACGGGCGAGGGAGGCCAGGGGGACACGGGGGACCUGGGGCAUCCUGCAUCCCACCCCCCCAGGAUCCCAAAUCCCCGUGGGACGCUGCAGUCCCAUGGCCGCUGGCCAGAUGUUUGAGGCCCCAGCUGUGCUCCGGGGCUGGAAACAGCAGCAGCAGCUGCAGCAGGACCCCAGGGACGUCCCCAGGUCCCCUGCAGCCCCCCCCCGACUGUCCCUGACCCCCCCACGGGAGCUGAGGUGACCCCAGGCUCUGCUCCCAGGGAGGGAGGAAUGGGGGGGGGGCUCAGCCUGGGACAGGCCCUGAGGUGGGGGGAACCCCCCCAACCCCCACCCCACCCCUCCUGCCGUGCCGGGGAUCUCCCCCACCCAUAAAUGACCCCCCCACCCUGAAGGUCCCACUCGUGCCCCCCCAAUGUGUGGGUCAGGUCCCCCCAGUUCUG